CUCCUUCUUCCCUCCGCCCGGAGCCUCCCCCGGUCCCCGGCGCCGCCUCCUUCGCUCCCGGCUCCCGCUCCCGCUCCCGCGGCCGCCGCCGCCCCGGGAAGGAGAGACCGGGUGGGGCUUGGGGGAGCGCGACCCUGGCCGGGCAGGAGCCCGGAUUCGCGGGGAGGAGGGCUGGGAGGAGGGGAAGGCUGAGGAGAAAGGAGGGGGAGCGGGAGGAGCGGCCGGGCCUGGGGCCUUGAGGCCGGGAGAGCCGGGAAGCUGGGCCGGCGCGCCGAGAUGCUGCUGCCGCUGCUGCUGCCGCUGGCGCCGCUCUUCCUCCGCCCCCCGGGCGCGGGCGGGGCGCAGACCCCCAACGCCACCUCAGAAGGUUGCCAGAUCAUACACCCGCCUUGGGAAGGGGGCAUCAGGUACAGGGGCCUGACUCGCGACCAGGUGAAGGCUAUCAACUUCCUGCCGGUGGACUAUGAGAUUGAGUAUGUGUGCCGGGGAGAGCGCGAGGUGGUGGGGCCCAAGGUCCGAAAGUGCCUGGCCAACGGCUCCUGGACAGAUAUGGACACACCCAGCCGAUGCGUCCGCAUCUGCUCCAAGUCCUAUUUGGCCCUGGAAAAUGGGAAGGUUUUCCUGACGGGUGGGGACCUCCCCACUCUGGACGGAGCCCGGGUGGAUUUCCGAUGUGACCCUGACUUCCAUCUUGUGGGCAGCUCCCGGAGCAUCUGUAGUCAGGGCCAGUGGAGCACCCCCAAGCCCCACUGCCAGGUGAAUCGAGCGCCGCACUCAGAGCGGCGCGCAGUGUACAUCGGGGCGCUGUUUCCCAUGAGCGGGGGCUGGCCCGGGGGCCAGGCCUGCCAGCCCGCGGUGGAGAUGGCGCUGGAGGACGUGAAUAGCCGCAGGGACAUCCUGCCGGACUAUGAGCUCAAGCUCAUCCACCACGACAGCAAGUGUGACCCAGGCCAAGCCACCAAGUACCUGUAUGAGCUGCUCUACAACGACCCCAUCAAGAUCAUCCUCAUGCCUGGUUGCAGUUCCGUCUCCACGCUUGUGGCUGAGGCUGCCAGGAUGUGGAACCUCAUCGUGCUCUCCUACGGCUCCAGCUCACCGGCCCUGUCCAACAGGCAGCGCUUUCCCACAUUCUUUCGAACUCAUCCGUCGGCCACGCUCCACAAUCCUACCCGUGUGAAGCUCUUUGAAAAGUGGGGCUGGAGGAAGAUCGCCACCAUCCAGCAGACCACUGAGGUCUUCACCUCGACUCUGGACGACCUCGAGGAGCGAGUGAAGGAGGCUGGAAUUGAGAUUACUUUCCGCCAGAGUUUCUUCUCAGAUCCAGCCGUGCCAGUCAAAAACCUUAAGCGCCAGGAUGCCCGAAUCAUCGUGGGACUUUUCUAUGAGACUGAAGCCCGGAAAGUGUUUUGUGAGGUGUACAAGGAGCGGCUCUUCGGGAAGAAGUAUGUCUGGUUCCUCAUUGGGUGGUACGCUGACAACUGGUUCAAGACCUAUGACCCAUCCAUCAACUGCACAGUGGAUGAGAUGACCGAGGCCGUGGAAGGCCACAUCACCACCGAGAUUGUCAUGCUGAACCCUGCCAACACCCGCAGCAUCUCCAACAUGACAUCCCAGGAGUUUGUGGAGAAACUGACCAAGAGACUCAAGAGACACCCCGAGGAGACAGGUGGUUUCCAGGAGGCACCGCUGGCCUACGAUGCCAUCUGGGCCUUGGCGCUGGCCCUGAACAAGACGUCCGGAGGGGGUGGCCGUUCGGGGGUGCGCCUGGAAGACUUCAACUAUAACAACCAGACCAUCACUGACCAAAUCUACCGGGCAAUGAACUCCUCGUCCUUCGAGGGUGUCUCUGGUCACGUGGUGUUUGAUGCCAGUGGCGCCCGGAUGGCCUGGACGCUCAUCGAGCAGCUGCAGGGGGGCAGCUACAAGAAGAUCGGCUACUAUGACAGCACCAAGGAUGAUCUUUCCUGGUCCAAGACGGACAAGUGGAUCGGAGGGGCCCCCCCGGCUGACCAGACCCUGGUCAUCAAGACAUUCCGCUUCAUGUCCCAGAAACUCUUCAUCUCGGUCUCUGUGCUCUCCAGCCUGGGCAUUGUCCUGGCUGUGGUCUGUCUGUCGUUUAAUAUCUACAACUCUCAUGUCCGUUAUAUCCAGAACUCCCAGCCCAACUUGAACAAUCUGACGGCUGUGGGCUGCUCCCUGGCGCUGGCUGCCGUCUUCCCCCUCGGGCUGGAUGGUUACCACAUCGGGAGAAGCCAGUUCCCCUUCGUCUGCCAGGCGCGUCUCUGGCUCUUGGGUCUGGGCUUUAGCCUGGGCUACGGCUCCAUGUUCACUAAGAUCUGGUGGGUCCACACGGUCUUCACAAAGAAGGAGGAGAAGAAGGAGUGGAGGAAGACUCUGGAGCCCUGGAAGCUGUAUGCCACGGUGGGCUUGUUGGUGGGCAUGGAUGUCCUCACUCUUGCCAUCUGGCAGAUCGUGGACCCUUUGCACCGGACCAUUGAGACUUUUGCCAAGGAGGAGCCGAAGGAAGAUAUUGACGUGUCCAUCCUGCCCCAGCUGGAGCACUGCAGCUCCAAGAAGAUGAAUACGUGGCUUGGCAUUUUCUAUGGUUACAAGGGGUUGUUGCUGCUGCUGGGCAUCUUUCUUGCUUACGAGACCAAGAGCGUGUCAACGGAGAAGAUCAACGACCACCGGGCUGUGGGCAUGGCCAUCUACAAUGUGGCGGUCCUGUGCCUCAUCACCGCCCCGGUCACCAUGAUCCUGUCCAGCCAGCAGGACGCAGCCUUCGCCUUCGCAUCUCUUGCCAUAGUGUUCUCCUCCUAUAUUACUCUGGUCGUGCUCUUCGUGCCGAAGUCGCCGACAGUUGGGGCUCCACCACCUCAUGCCGCAAACCUUCGCCCCCAGAUGCGCAGGCUGAUCACCCGGGGGGAGUGGCAGUCGGAGGCGCAGGACACCAUGAAGACGGGCUCGUCCACCAACAACAACGAGGAAGAGAAGUCCCGGCUGUUGGAGAAGGAGAACCGGGAGCUGGAGAAGAUCAUCGCUGAGAAAGAGGAGCGUGUCUCCGAGCUGCGCCAUCAGCUUCGGUCUCGGCAGCAGCUCCGCCCCCGGCGCCACCCCCCUACGCCCCCAGACCCCUCGGGGGGCCUGCCCAGGGGCCCCCAUGAGCCCCCUGACCGGCUCAGCUGUGACGGGAGCCGGGUUCAUUUGCUGUACAAGUGAGGGCCCGAGGGGAGAAGGAGGGGCUGGGGGAAGGCCUCCUCUGUGAGCCGGGUUGUCUGGGUCCCCAGGACUGUGGAACCGGUGUGUUUUCUCUCGUGUGCUUGCUGUUUUAUAGCCACUGCGCGGUCCAGUUGGUGCCUGGCUGCAGCUUCCCUGGCCCCUCGGCAGUGCGCCGCGCCCCUUCCCCUCCUGCUAGCGCCCUCUCUCCCUACCUGGUCUCCUUCCACUGGCCCACGCCUCACCCCUCCACCAGCUUCGACCCUCUGGAGUUUCCUGCCUCUGCCCUGUGUGUGCUCAUGCUUCCCAACACACGUACUCGUGUGCAUGCGUGCUCACACGUGCUUUCUUCUCCCUCCUGUGCUCCCGUGUGCGCCUUGUCCUCGCCUCCCUCCGGCGCUCUCGUGGCCACUGCGCCCUUUGUCUGCCGCGCGGAGGCCUUCCCCACCGGCGCACAUCUGUGUUUACCCGUGCGUUCUCCCUGUGUGCGCUCAUGGGACCUGGGUACCCUCACCUUUGCACCUUAAAAUCAUUGUAUUCUCCCAACAGAGCCAGAGGCACCCACCCUACACAUCAUGAUGCACCUUCCCCAGUUCCCACCCUCACGCGCUUUCUGCUUGAACCCCCCUUUGUGCUCAUGUACUGCACUAGGUCCACACUCCUAGUCCUCCUUCCCGGGACCGCUCCCUUUGGUUUUGUGUUUUUCUGGGGGGAGUUAAGGGAGAAGAAAUGGGGGCAGGCUUGGGGAGCUGCUUCCAGUAGACAGUUGGUGAGAAUCCCAACCACAAGAAGGCCCUGUGACAACUGGCACAGACAGACGGAGGCAUCCCCUUCACGCCGUGGUGUCUCUUGGGGAGGGAUCUCCCCCAGUCUCAAUAAACCAGUGAACAGUGUGA